AUGGGGUUUGGAGGACUCGUACAGGGUGGUUUCCAGUAUUUCCUAUGGAAUGUCAUUUUCGAGCGCCUGUGGCCGGGGAGGAGCAAGUUGGCCAGCUUCUCGAAGCUGGCUGCCACGAACUUCAUCUCCGACCCACUAUUUCUGUUCCCGGCCUUCUACGUCAUGAAGGAGGCGCUCACGGCGCGGGGCCCGGGUGAAGCGCUGGCUGCCGCGCUCAAGAAGUAUCGGACAAACUGCAUCCAGGACUGGAUGAUGAGCUGGACGAUGUGGCUGCCAGGGCAUUACGUCACCUACUUCUGGUUGCCGCUCCACAUGCGAGUGCCCUGGGUGGCCACGGCAUCCUUCAGCUACAUCUGUGCACUCAGCUACGUUAGGGGCGGCCCCACUGAUGCCACUGACGCCUGA